AUGCGUCUCGAAUUCUCUCCCUGGGGAGUCCGCGCAAUCCUCGUCACUACUGGCGCAAUUAGGACCAAGUUCUUCGACAACCUCCCGAGUGCGCCAUGUCUACCCGAGAACUCGCUUUAUUACCCUGCAAAGGAUGUGAUCGAGCCUGCAUUGGCUGGAACUGAGGUAGAGAAAAAUGUUAUGGAUGUCACUUACUAUGCCGAUGUCGUGGUCAACAACGCACUCCGAUCAAGCCCCAAGCAGCAUCUUUGGUCAGGAGGCGGGGCUUUAAUUACUUGGCUGGCUUCAACUUUUGGCUGGUCGACUGUAUGGGAUACGUUGCUCCCAUCUGUUGCUCAUUUGCCGGACGUCAACAACAAGAUCCGCGCCGCGGAGAAGGCCGAACAGGAUCGACAGAAGGCAAAAUAAUUACCGUUGGCCCACCUCGAUUCGUUGAAAGCAGCACUCGUUUCGUCGCAUGUUUUACCGUUCUUUCUCAUUACCAGCGUUCAUUUUGACGCUCGACUCGAAUUAUACACUUCCACACAAAGUCCGCCGAAACAGGUCUUUUCCUAGCUCGAAUGCUUUGGCGCUGUUUGUUUCUCUGAUUAUCCCAGUAUUCGUUUUGUCACAGCCAUUUUGAAUGGGCUGGGGAGCCAAACAGAGCGCAAAUAGGACUGUGC